AUGGUGGACCUCACGCAACACCCCGUAAAGGCCGUCUAUGGGCUGGGCGCCCUGGGCUUCGAGCUCGUGCGCUUCCCUAUCAUCCUCAUCAAGUUCCUCGUUCUCGGUCGCCAGCAUCCUAGCUGGACUCUUCGACAGGCUAUCACCGUGCAUGCCUUCUUCUCUGGUCUAUGGCACGUGUCAAAGGUGCAGGUUCCUACGCCGCUACCCCUGACACCGGAGCAAGAGAAGGAGCGCUUCGUAGUCAUCAAGCCGGCGAAGAACGAUGCAUACAAGGGGCCAUUGAGAAGCAAUAAGGAUGUUGUGCCUGUGGAAAUCGGGGCGACGUGGUUUCCUGCGCCAUUGACUACGGGCAGUGAUAAGAACACCAAGGUCGUUCUUCACAUACACGGCGGAGCUUUCGUCACUGGAGAUGGAAGAACAGCAGCCAGUGGCCCAAUGGCCAAGAAACUCCUCAAACACACACCAGCCACGCACGUAUUCUGCCCGCAAUACCGUCUCUCCACCCUGCCCGUCUCGAAGACGUCGAACCCGUUCCCCGCCGCCCUCCAAGACAGCCUGACAUCAUACCUAUACCUGCUGAACGAGCUCAAUAUCUCCCCGAAGAACAUUGUCCUCUCUGGAGACUCAGCAGGCGGCAACCUCGCCAUCGCGCUCCUCCGCUACAUCACCGACUACGGCUCCGAACUCGGUCUACCCGCCCCCUCCUCCGCGCUCCUCUGGUCACCGUGGACUAACCCCGCCGAUACCUCCGGCUCCUACGUCCAUGACAACCGCAACUACGCUACAGACUACAUCUCCCCACCUUUCACGGCGUGGGGCACAACCGCGUAUGCGGGCGAGGGUGGGGACAAGGUGCUGUCGCAGCCUUAUGUGUCGCAGAAGAACCGGACGUUCAAGACUGAGGUGCCCAUGUUUGUGAACACGGGCAGCGGAGAGGUGCUAUACUUUGAUAUCGUGGAGUGGGCGGAGAAGAUGAAGGAGGCGGGUAAUGAUCUUCAGUUGGAUAUUGAAGAGAAUGUACCACAUGACAUCCUUCUGCUGGGCCAUCUCCUAGGGUUUAAUCAGGAGGCUGGGAAUAUGGCUAAGCGGGCGGGCGAGUGGUUGAGGGGGAGAGUAUAG